GGAGGAGUGCGCCGGCCGGCCCCGAUGCCGCCGCCCCGUUGCGUGCGCCGCUGCGGCGGUGCCGCCACGCAGGUACUGGUGGUGUUUGCGCUGACGUUCUGCGUGGCGCUUCCAGCCGUCUGCCACCGCCUGCUGCACUCGUACUACUUUGUGCGCUCGGCCUACCUGGACGACAUGAACUCGGAUGCCUUGCGCCAGAGUCUGCAACGCGGUCAGGACGCUCUACUGUUCUGGCAAAAGGCGCCCUCAACCGCCACCACCGAGCCUCCCAGGCAUCCCGAGCUGCUGGUUACCGUGGUGACGACGCGGCGACCUGAGGCUCUCCCUUACCACUACCUUCUGCAGGUGACGCGGCAGCUGAGUAGUCUCCAGGGUGACUGCGGGGAGCGGCCCUGCGCCCAGGUGGUGCUGUGCGACGUGGAGAGCGGGCCGGACGCCAAUGAAGACGCCGUACUACUGGAGCGCCACUUCCGCGUGAUCCGCCCGCCGGCCGGCCGCCAGCCCAACAAUACCUUUGAGCGCGAGAAACGCGACUACGUGUUCUGCCUGCGCCGCGCCUUCCAGCUGGCGCUGCCCCGGAACAUGUUGGUCCUGGAGGAUGACGCCCUGCCUCAUCCGGACUUCUUCCAUGUAGCGAAGGAUCUCCUGAGGCGGCGCUUUGCCUCGCGCUCGCUCUACAUCAAGCUCUUCCACCCCGAGCGGCUGCAGCACUACUGGAACCCGGAACCUUACCGUAUCCUGGAGUGGUUUGGUCUAGGUCUGCUGGGCGCCACUCUGCUGCUGCAGCUCCUGACCAUCUGGAACCCGUGCCGCUGGUCCCUGCGCAUGUCGGCCCGCCACCUGGCGCUCCUGGCCGUGUACGUGAUGGCGGGCGCUGAGCUGCUGGGCCGCCACUACCUGCUGGAGCUGCGCCGACUGUCCCCGCAGCUGUACGCCGUGUCGCCCGCUACAAAUUGCUGCACGCCCGCCAUGUUGUACCCGGGCAACACCUCGCUAAGGGUAGCCGACUACCUGGACCGAGCCUUCUGCUUCCGGGGCAAUGCCAAGGACACGGUUCUCUACCAGACCCUCCGCAACACGCCCGGAGAACGCGCGCACAGCGUGGAACCCAACUUGGUCACUCACAUCGGGGCCUUUUCCUCCAUCAGGCCCAAAUCGGGCAGACCCAAACUGCUUUGAGCGGGGUGCGUUACCGGGCACCUCCACUGGAGUCACAGUGUCAGGCCUGGGUGUCAGUCAAGCAUGGCCUGGGAGCUUCUGAUUCAGUCGCAGUGCUUUCCAUUUGGUGGCGUGCUGCAAAUGUCCUUUUCAAUCUGUGCCUUGCUCGACCGACUCUGCCUUAUUUUUGCCCUUCAAAUGCGUGAAAUGACGCUGCGAUUUGUCUCCAGUCCAGUAGGGGCUGCUCACCAAGCUCCAAUCAUAUUUGUAUUUCAUUGAAAAUCAUUAAACAAGGUCGAAAGCGCCAAACAGCUGUGUUGCAAAGUGAUGCACUUUUAUCGUCCCGGGCUGCUGUGCUAUUCAGCCAUGAUUCACAACCUUCCCAAAUAUGAUCCUGCUUAAUUUGUCAUGAUGAUCCAUCGGUGUCACCUUGGACCCGAUAUGGAGUUACAGCUCAAAACGUAUCAAGAGACACAAAGCAUCUAUCUAUGUUGACCAGUCUGUAUUGUCCACAGAGAAAAGAACGGGCCAUCUAUGUCUUUGGAAAGACAUUGAGCUGAUAUGAUAGAUGAUAAAUAGUUUAGCUUCAUCGUCUUGUAUCAGAUGUCCUUCAAAAUCAAGAGGGAUCUUAUCCCUGACAAGAAUAACAGUGUUGAACAAUAUGACUGAAAAAAAGGGUGGGGGGGGUUGCCAUCACACUCCCCCAAUGAUGGUUAUUUUAUGUCCCUUCAAUAUUAUGGAUCCCCGCUGUUUGCCAGGAGGCGUCUUCGCCCCUAAAAAUAACAUCUUUGUUUCAAGGUGCACAGCCCAUUAGCGACAAGAAGAAAAGUCAAUUAAAACGCUGAUUAAAAAUUCUCCCCGGGAUGUCAAGCGCAGGCG